GACAACCAUGUCUUUCUUCAAACCCCAAGCCCAGACGACCAAGGCGUCACUGAAGCAUGUCGUGGAACCUGAAUUGCAGCCUUGGGUAGAAAAAUACCGGCCUAAAACUAUCGACGAUGUCUCUGCUCAAGAGCACACUGUUGCUGUCCUCAGAAAGACACUGACAUCGACAAAUCUGCCCCACAUGCUGUUCUAUGGACCACCAGGGACAGGCAAAACGUCGACCAUCCUCGCCCUUGCCCGGCAGCUCUUCGGCCCGGAAAACUUCCGUAAUCGUGUCCUCGAGUUAAACGCGUCUGACGAACGUGGCAUUUCAAUUGUCCGCGAAAAGAUCAAGAACUUUGCGCGCCAAACUCCUCGUGCCCAAGCUGUCUCGUCAGACGGAAAGGAAUAUCCAUGUCCACCUUACAAAAUCGUUAUUCUCGACGAGGCCGAUUCUAUGACCCAGGAUGCCCAAGGUGCCCUCCGACGUAUCAUGGAAACAUACGCGCGCAUUACACGGUUCUGCCUCGUCUGUAACUAUGUCACCAGAAUUAUUGAGCCGCUCGCCUCGCGUUGUUCCAAGUUUCGCUUCACUUCCUUGGACAACCAAUCAUCAUCUAGUCGCCUAAUGCAUAUUGCGACUGCAGAGCACAUCACAAUAGAGCCCUCAGUGGUCGAAACCCUGAUCAGUGCUUCCUCCGGCGACCUUCGACGCGCCAUUACCUACCUCCAGUCAGCUUCACGUCUGUCUUCAUCGACAAGCCCUCCGACUCCAAUAACACCUCGUGACGUCCAAGAAAUCGCAGGCGUUGUUCCCGACGAUAUUAUUAAUAAUUUCGCUGGUGUCCUAGGUAUUGACAUGGAUCAAUCAAUGAGUGGCACCACCCCCAAGCCUGGCUUCAAGGAAAUAAGAUCGGCAGUGAAGGAGAUCAUCCGAGAAGGAUAUUCCGCGUCUCAAGUAUUAUCUCAGCUUCAUGAUCUCGUGGUACUACAUCACACCCUAAACGCAAAACAGAAAUCUCAAUGCGGUCUAGUUUUCGCUGAAGCCGACAAGGCUCUUUGUGAUGGGGCGGACGAGGAACUAUGGAUACUAGAAGUUGGCUUACGCGUCAAUAAAGCUGUCUCAUAAGUCUUCCUGUGCGCUUGAUUAUUUUUGUCUACUGUAUACCUAGAUUGAGCUAUUUCUCAGCGAUAUUUAUACAAAUUACACUGAUAUCGAUAGACCAUCAUCAAGCAUGCGACGCGACAAUGAAGUUCAGUAAAAAAAGUUAUGUAAAUGCAAACAUCGAGAACACAAUACAACUGCCUAUUUUUUGGGGAGCUCACCGGAUGCCGGCGGUGGCUUUUUGCAAGGCCCGCUUAAUACCGAGCUGCGCCUUCUUCAGCUCAUCGGCGGUAGAAUCCUCAA